CUUUGGCAUUUGACUGGUGGCCAGUGGCAUUACGGCCACGCUCUCGCUCUCCUUGCUCUUCUUCCUGGUGAAUCGCCUGAGGCAGCGCAAGAUGCGGGCGCGGGAGAAUCGCCAGAAUGCCGAGGAUCAGCGCAGCAUUGUGGGUAGCAUUGGUUAUAUUGCCGGUAAUAUGGGUUACAUGGAGGGAAAUCUGAGUGCAAUUGAUUACACUUACGGCGCUGGUGCCACUCAUUAUCCAUUGUGGAAGCCGCACUUUCCCCGCGGCGAAGCUCCGCCGCCCUACGAGGAGGCGGUGGCCAUUUCCCAGGCGGAAGCUUUGAGUGCCCAGUGCACAGUGACGCUGCCGGCGAGCAACGCUCAGCGGGCAGUGGCCACUGUCAGUCAACAGCAGCAGACCCAGUCGCAGAUCCAGGCCCAGGUGCAGCAGCAACAGCAGAUCCAACACUUGCAGCAGCACACGCUGCAGUUGCACACGCAGCCGCAGCAACACCAUCCGCCCUACGGGCAGCAGCUGGUGGCGCAUGCCCAUCCGCAUCCGCAUCCCCAGUCGAAUCAGUACACCCAGAGCACCAUAAACAUCAAUAUCAACAGCGGCGGGGUGACCACCAUAGCCACCGGAGAGAACCACCAGCCGCCCUACAGCCUCCAGACCGAGCAGCAGCAGCAACAGCUCAGCUUGGAGCACCAUCAGCAGCAACAGCAACAGCAGCAGCAGCAUUUGGUUCAACCUCCUGUCAGUAGUGGCUCCAUCUGUUUGCAGGCCAUGCCCAAGCCACCGACAAACGCUGAGUGCAGCUACAAGAACUGCCACCUGAACAUCAGUGCCAGUGUGACCACAGCAGCAGCGACCUCCAGUCGCAGAUCCACCCCGCGGGGAUCCCAGGAACUGCUCCAUCAGCUGCCGCUGCAGACUCAACAGCAGCAAUAUCUCACUGUGGCCGAUGUGGAGAUCAACGCCAGUGCCAGUGCGGCUAGCUACCAUUCCCUGCCAGCCGCCAGUACAGAGCCAAUGCCCACGCCCACUCACAUCCAGCAGCAGCAGCAGCCACAACAUCUACUGGCGCCAGCCAUUGAGUUGCUGCAGCCACUGGAGAUUGCAACGAUUUCGGCAGCUCCGACUUGCAGUACUGCGGACUCGGUGACCCAGACCACGCAGAUGCCUCUGACUGGGACGCUGAAGAACACCCAGAUCGUUCAACAGCAACAGCAGCAGUACAGCAAAACGCCUUCAAGUUCGCGUCGCUACCAUCGAACCAUUCCGAGGUACUUCGCUGUGGCUGAUCCCCUCCAAGUGAAGCCCAAGACGAGUAGCUCCGCCGGCUCUGGAACAGAAAAGCCAGUCAGCAAGAAGCCAAUGUGCCAGUGUCCCAUCCAGCACGUACCGAUGUCCUACAUGGGCAGUACGGCCAAUGCCAAUGCCUUCUUGAGCGGAGCUGGAAAACUUUUCGGCACAACCACAUCCGGCGGAAGCAGCACCUCCACACCGACCUGCUCCUUGUCGCCUGGAACUAGGCAUGCCGCCACUCUGGCCUACGGACAGCGGGCUAAAUCCUCGACAAAUCUCCAGCAGCAGGCCCAAGAUCUGAUCAUAUCAUCCUCCACCUUGAGGCGUAAUGGAUGUGGUCACGAACCGAAGAUCGCCACCAUCUCGAAGCAGGUGGGCGAUGAGACGCACCAUGCCCAGACGGGCUCCAAUGGAGGCGUCAAUGUUUCGGCAAUCAUUCCCCCGCCGCCGCUCCAGCAUCCCGAAGAGAUCUCUGCCCCACCAAUUGUACUGGGUCGGGUCCAGAAACGAUCCUCCAGCAGUUCGGCUGAAAGGGCAAGGAGCUCGAGUGGAGGAACCAGCACUGCCAGCGGGACACGGAGUGUAUCCAGCGGUGCGGACUCCCUCUCCACCGCCUACUUGAAUCGAAAGGUUGAUGCCUACUUGAGUUUGACGCAGAAACAGCAGCAACAUUUCUAUAACCAGCAAACGCAGCAGCAGCCAGACCCGAGCAAUCCGACUUUACCACCGAAACUCUACAAAAGCCUAACGAAUUUAAAGAGCGUGACUGCAGCCACGGCAGCCACAUCAUCCUCCUCCUCGUCCGCCAGCGGAAACAACAACGCCAGCGUGGCUGCCAUUUACACGCUCAGCAAGCCGACCACCAGCGCCCAGAGGAGCAAGGAGCAGGCACCCACGCUUACACUGCCGCCAGCGAGUCCAUCCGCUGGAAGCGCUGCCGAAAAGCUGAGCAGCGGGAAGAUCAACUCUAGCACCUUCUAUCCGUUGGCCAACCACGUGACCUACACUCUGCCCAAGCACAUCGGCGGCAAGGUGUCGCUCAACAGCACCAUCAACAGCGUGGUCAGCAAGGUGCCAUCAGUGAUUAGCAUUCCUCCUGUGGAGAACAACAAUGCCGCGGGCGCGGCGGCGGCUGCAGCAGCUCAGACUCCGGGGAAAAGCACAACACUGCCGAAAAUAUUGCGUGUGAAGACUGGAACCGGAACAGGCACAGCUUUGGCCAUCGCACACUGCCAGAUGCCCACCUACCCGCUGAAUCCAGGCAAGCCCAGCUCCAGCGGGAGAUCACCGAGCAAGCAGCUGCAGCUUCCGGUCUGCACUACUUCCAAGAACUGUCAGAACCCCAAGGAGCACUUCCUGCCAAACGAUACCAGUCUGGACGACGACUAUUUGAGCGAGUGCGAGAACUGCAAAAUAGCACAGAGUGCCAAGUACUACUUGGACGCGGAGAUGUUGUCGGGAAACAGCGGAGGAGGCUCCUCCAUGACGCCCCAGGAGACAAUGACUCUGCAACGAAAAUCACUGGAAGAAACCAAAGAUGAGCCCCAGGAGAGCUAUUAUCGCUCCUCACACACCCUGCCCAGCAAUGCCAAGAAGCAUGGUUCCAACAGUAAAAACAACAACCGAGAGUCGUGGCAAUUCUCAACCUUUCCUGCAGCUAGUUCGUCGGACGAAGAUGUCAACGAAUGAGAUUUAAGCCAUUUUCUUUAAGGUGCCCGAUCCCGUGCCAGAAGAGCAUCCUAAAGAAAACGCAGGCUCCAAGACCCCAACCAAAGAAUCUCCCUCGAGUAGAUAAGGCUUAGAUUACCCAACUGAUUGCUGCUGCAAUUGUGUGGCGAAUAGAGAGAUCCUGUAAAUAGGCAUUUAAAAAGAAGUACUUUAACGUAAACGAAAAAUUGUCAUUAUUAUAUGGUAUGUAGCCAGUAAUCAACCGAUUGUUAGUUAUAGACAUGAUACUCAACCAACAGCGGCAUUUAAUCCUGCGCGUUUGUUAAGCACCUGUAUAUCUCUGUAUGUAUGUAAUUGAAUCUGUAUUAUACGAUAAGCUAGGACAGCCGAGUUAGGGCAGACAAGAAAUCAAUUAUAAUCAAUGAAUUAUGAAGGUAUUAGCGGAACUGUUGAAUAUUUACCAUAAAUACUUAAAUAUAUAUGAAGUUCAUCACGAGAUGUCAAACGAACCCUACUGCCAUCUGACAUUUUGCCAACGUUAACUGUCAAUAAUUGUGUACGUAUGUUUGUAAUAUCUUAAAACUGGAUGUGUGUAAUUGAACCCUCUAUAUAUAAGUAUGGACGCUGACCAAAAUUCAAGGUAUUCCCCUGCUGCUCAUUCCGAGAUGCACAAAAAUCGCACAUAAGAACCCUAGAAUAUAAAAUUGUCAAAAUGCAUAAACUACUAUAUAAAAAUACUAUAUAUAAACAAUGGAAAUAGGAUACAGAGUUAAAGAUCAUUAUUGAAACAUUCCAUCGCCGCUUUAAUCAAAUACACAUUUCUUUCCCCUAUCUGUACCAUAUAAAGUUAAACUAUGAGGAAGUAAGAUUUGUUUCCCAAUCGAUUGAUAGAGGGGUUGUAUAGGACAUUGGACGGUUUCUUGAUCGAUAACGAAGGACUUUCUAGAAG